AAAACAAAGGACUGAGGUCAGUGACGGAGAGAAAUACGCUCUUCCAGACCGUCAGUAAUGCUACUUACUCUGUGGACACUUUCUUUUUCAUCAGUGGACUGCUGCUGACCUUUGUGUACUUCCGCAACAAGGACAAAGGCGAGCCCAAACCAGGCCCCACUUUCUUCAGCGGCACUCGCCAGUUCGUGCUCCUCCUCGUGUACCGCUUCACCA